AUGGCCUCUCUCAUAAUCUUCAGUUCAAAAUCCGAUGAAGACUUCUGGUUCAUCCAAUUCAAUGAGAUGCUGAGUGAAACCAACCUCGAAACCUUGAAUAAUAUACCCGUUUGCAUUUACCAAGUUCCCAAAUCUUUGAGUUGUGCCAAACCAGAAGCUUUUACUCCACAAAUCAUAGCCAUUGGUCCUUAUAACCAUUUUCGUCCAGAGUUCUAUCCCAUGGAAAGGUUCAAAAUAUUUUCAGCCAAAAGGGUCAUCCAGCACUUCAACACACACGACAUCAAUCAACUAGUUAAGAAACUGAGCAACACAGUGUCAUUCGUCCGUGCUUGUUAUCACAAAUACUUGCACAUCAACGACGAUACCUUGUUAUACACCAUGGUCAUUGAUGGUUUGUUCUUAUUGUAUUUCUUUCACAACUAUCUUGACGAGAAAGAGUCUUGUUCUUUCUUGACAGGUGUAGGGCAACAACUUGAGAAAAGUGGUGUGAAGCAUACCAAAGAUGACAUCAUCAAAGACGUGUUCAUGGUGGAGAAUCAAAUUCCAACCUUCAUAAUGAGAAGGAUCUUGGUGAUUGAAAGCUCCGAAGAUAAACUUAUAGUUGAAGAAAAAUUAGGUUCUAUGCUCUUGUCUUUCUGUACGAAACACUGUCCACUCAAGAUAACACAGACAUGGACAAAAGCUCUCGCUAAUCGUUAUCAUCUCUUGGAUCUCAUGUACCAUUUGGUGGUUCCUGAGAAUGAAAAGUCAGAAACAACAGCAACAUCUGAAAGAGAAGGUAUGUGUAAUACCUCUGCCACUGAUGCUCCUAAAUCCAAGAAAUGCUCAAUAUCUGAAGGCAUAGACAAAGUCAAAAAGAAAGUUUAUGUUCCAAUAAAGGGGACACGAGACUAUCUCAAAAAGAUGAAGGAGAUGAAUCUUUCUCUCUUGUCACCAAUUAAACCAUGCAUAGAUGGAAUCGUGAGUAUGCUAAACGUGUGUCAAAAUUCUACAUCAGAAACGUCCCCUUUUGACAUUGAAGCUCCUAAGGUUGUUCUCAUUCCUUCUGUGCGUGAGCUUCGUUCUGUUGGGAUCAAUUGUAAACCCUCUGAAGGUGGCAUCAGCACCAUUCAUUUCGAUGAGAGUGUGUAUAUAUUUUACCUCCCUGUGAUCGAAUUGGAUGCCAACUCUGAAGUGAUAAUGAGAAACCUUGUGGCUUAUGAGGCUUUGACUCAACCAAAUUCACUCAUAUUCACAAGGUACACUGAAUUGAUGGGAGCAAUGAUAGACACUUUGGAGGAUGUUAAGCUUCUAAAGGAUGCAGAUAUCAUAGAAAAAACAAGCUCUCUCAGUGUUGAUGGAACUCUGGAACUUUUCAAUGGGAUGAACAAAUCCAUUGGACCCACCAAGACUGUGAAGUUAUUGGAUGAAACCAUUGAGAAAGUUAACAAGUGCUACCGUAAAAAGCAGAAGUUCAGCCUCUGCAGGAGCUUCACCAGUUAUGUCUACUCUUCAUGGCAGUUCUUCACACUUCUUGCGACCUUGGUGCUCUUGGCCAUGACGGCACUUCAAACAGUCUGCACCGUUUAUGAUUGUCCCAGUCAUUUUAGACACAAAUAA